GUUAAUCGUCUGGAUUUGACAUUUGAUUUGUGUGUUAUGAUAGUUAACACAUUCAUAUGUUAGCCGUAACUUGAUUACAUAUAUUCCUUAGUCACUCGCUAGUUAGCUAUCUACCCAACAUUAACCUGAUGUUGGCUGCGUAUAGCUGUCAAGCUAGAUGCGUACAUUUGCAUUGAGUCAUGUUAGAGGUAUGCAUUUGGAGUACUGAUGCCCUCGACUUGCAUUUCCUGUCUUGCCAAAAUAGUGGACCAGCUCCGUUUGCUACCAAUCAUCAAAGAGCGUGCAUUUUCCUUUGCCAUGAUAGUCAAUUGAAGGAAUGCAUUUGUCAGAGUAAGCAACUAAGUAAAAGAUCAAGGUAGAACAUGAAAUGCAUUUUUAGGGGCAAUGUUCAAUACUUAAUAAGUCACAACAACAGUGCAUGCUGGAAUGACUUGGCUUGUCUUUUGUUAUACAGAUGGUCAAAUGUAACAAUGUACAUGUUACAUUUCAUGAGGUGUUUGUUGAUAGUGUGUGGGUUUUGUAUUUGCCCUUUUGCCUUAGUGAAUUGCAUGCCUCAACCUCUCGAUUAGGCUUGAUGGUGCUGUUGUUUCAGUUAUAGAUUUAGUUGAUCCUGUGCUUGGUAAACUGUUCUUUUAAAACUUAUUUAAUGCUCUUUAGAUCAAUAUGGCUGUUACUAAGAUAUUUGUAUGCUAGAAUUUUUGGAAUACCUAGUUUGCACUGUUGGUCAUUGUUUAAUUUCAUACAUUCUGCACUGAAAUAAAGUACCAGUCAAAAGUGUGGAUACCUACUCAUUCAAGGGUUUUCUUUAUAUGUACUAUUUUCUACAUUGUAGAAUAAUAUUGAAGACAUCAAAACUAUUAAAUAACACAUGUAGAAUCAUGUAGUAACCAAAAUAAGUGUUAAACAACUCACCUGGAAUGCAUUUCGAUUAACACGUGUGCUUUGUUAAGUUGAUUUGUGGAAUUUCUUUCUAUCCUUUAAUGCGUUUGAACCAAUCAGUUGGGUUGUGACAAGGUAGGGUUGAUAUACAGAAGAUAGCCCUAUUUGGUAAAAUACCAAGUCCAUAGUAUGGCAAGAACAGCUCAAAUAAGCAAAGAGAAACGACAGUCCAUCAUUAGUUUAAGACAUGAAGGUCAGUCAAUCCGGAAAAUGGCAAGAACUUUGUCAAGAACAUUUCUUCAAGUGCAGUCACAAAAACCAUCAAGUGCUAUGAUGAAACUGGCUCUCAUGAAGACCACCACAGGAAAGGAAGACCCAGAGUUACCUCUGCUGCAGAGGAUACGUUUAGAGUUACCAGCCUCAGAAAUUGCAGCCCAAAUAAAUGCUUCACAGAGUUCAAGUAACAGACACAUCUCAACAUCAACUGUUCAGAGGAGACUGUGAAUCAGGCCUUCAUGGUCGAAUUGCUGCAAAGAAACCACUACUAAAGGACACCAGUAAGGAGAGACUUGCUUGGGACAAGAAACACAAGCAAUGGGCAUUAUACCUGCGAAAAUCUGUCCUUCGGUCUGAUGAGUCCAAAUUUGAGAUUUUUGGAUUCCAACCUCUGUGUCUUUGUGAGACGCAGAAUAGGUGAACGGAUGAUAUCCGCAUGUGUAGUUCCCACCGUGAAGCAUGGAGGAGGAGGUGGGAUGGUGUAGGGUUGCUUUGCUGGUUACACUGUCUGUGAUUUAUUUAGAAUUCAAGGCACACUUAACCAGCAUGUCUACCACAGCAUUCUGAUGCUAUACGUAAUCCCAUCUGGUUUGCGCUUAGUGGGACUAUCAUUUGUUUUUCAACAGGACAAUGACCCAACGCACCUCCAGGCUGUGUAAGGGAUAUUUGACCAAGGAGAGUGAUGGAGUGUUGCAUCAGAUGAUCUGGCCUAUACAAUCACCUGACCUAAACCCAAUUGAGAUGGUUUAGGAUGAGUUGGACCGCAGAGUGAAGGAAAAGCAGCCAUCAAGUGUUCAAGACUGUUGGAAAAGCAUUCCAGGUGAAGCUGGUUGAGAGAAUGCCAAGAGUGUGUAAAGCUGUCAUCAAGGCAAAGGGUGGCUACUUUGAAGAAUCUCAAAUAUAAAAUAUAUUUAGAUUUGUUUAACACUUUUUUUGGUUACUACACAAUUCCAUAUGUGUUAUUUAAUAGUUUUGAUGUCUAUUAUUCUACAAUGUAAAAAUAAAGACAAACCCUUGACUGGUACUGUAUAUAUUUUAUUUUUCAUCAUUGACCAGGAUGCUAGGUCUUUUACAAAUACUUUCUAUGUAAGUCUAUUAUAUCUUGUAGCCUAAUUUCCUUUGUAUAGUUUCAAAACUCUAUAUUGUUUGUGGUUUUCCCUUUCAGUUGCUCAUUCAUUCACCCUCCUUCUGGGCUUGUAGGUGUUUUGACUCUGGGACGGUUAUUGUGUGAAGCAGCUUCAUAGUAGAUCUCAAACCAGACUUUGAAAAAUUCACCUGAUUGUGGAUAGUAGCUUGGAUAGGUUAUUUUUGGCACUGAUAGCACCAACUAUCAAAUGUUUGUUUGGAUCAAAGAGCAAAUCCGGUGGUUACUAGGCUUUGAGUUUAUCUGAUGGAUAUCUCUGAGGUGCUUGUUUUUGUCACUGUGUCUCUUGUAUGGCGUACUGCAAUCUGCAUGCUCAUGCUGAGUGAUCUGCAUAUCAAAAUCCUCUUUAUAAUACUAAUUGUUGUCCUGCAUCUUUCCUUUCUCUGGGCCUAUAUGAAAUGGUUCUGUGGUUAGGCUAAUCAUUUGGGGAUCGGGGACAUAGGCUAGCCCUAUAUCUUUGCCUUCACACACACUCAUGUCACACUUCACUGACCCACUGUAUGUAGGCCUAGCUCCUGAAGAUGAGCGUCUUUACCUCAAUAGGUUGCUACUAAUCAAAUUUUAUUUGUCACAUUUAUUUUAUUUAACCUUAAUGUAACUAGGCAAGUCAGUUAAGAAUAAAUGCUUAUUUUAGAAUGACGGACUACCCCGGCCAAACCCUCCCCUAACCCAGACGACGCUGGGCCAAUUGUGCACCGCCCUAUGGGACUCCUGAUCAUGGCCCAGGAUCGAACCAGGGUCUGUAGUGACGCCUCUAGCACUGAGAUGCAGUGCCUUCGACCGCUACGCCACUCUGGAGCCUACAUGCGCCGAAUACAACAGGUGUAGGUAGACCUUACCGUGAAAUGCUUACUUAACCCUUAACCCUUAACCAACCAUGCAGUUCAAGAAAGAGUUAAGUAAAUAUUUACUAAAUAACCAAAAGUAAAAAAUAAACAAAAAUUUAAAGUAACACAAUAAAUAACAAUAACGAGGCUAUAUACAGGAGGCACCAGUACUGAGUCGAUGUGCGCGGGUACAGGUUAGUGAGUAAUUUGUUCAUGUAUGUAAGGAUAAAGUGAUUAUGCAUAGUUAAUAAACAGCGAGUAGCAGCAGUGUAAAAACAAAGGUGGGGGGUGUCCAUUUGAUGAGUUGUUCGGCAGUCUUAUGGCUUGGGGGUAGAAGCUGUUAAGGGGCCUUUUGGACCUAGACUUGGCACUCCAGUACCGCUUCCUUUGCGGUUGCAGAGAGAACAUUCUAUGACUUGGGUGGCUGGAGUUUUUGACAUUUGUUUUGGGCCUUCCUCUGACGUCGCCUAGUAUAUAGGUCCUGGAUGGCAGGAAGCUUGGCCCCAGUGAUGUACUGGGCUGUACGCACUACCCUCCGUUGUGCCUUACUAUUAUGGUCGCCAUUUUGGAAUUGAUCUCAGGGAGUUCAAUGUCCAAUGCAGCUAUUUUUAUCUCAAAUAAUUUAUGGGAAACAAUUAAGUACCUUACAGUGAUUAUUUUUUUACAAUUUAAAUUGAAAACAAACUUGAAUCAUUUCUCAAGCAAGAUUUUUCUAGAACUGUCUGGGAGUGGUCUGAGUGGGGAGGGGGAAAACUACAAACUAGCUGUUUGUUAUUGGCAUCUACUUACCUAGAUUACUCGUGGAUACCAUUUGUAUGUCUCUGCGUGCAGUUUGAAGGAAGUUGCUAACUAGAGUUAGCGCAAUGACUAGAAGUCUAUGAUAACUGCUAGCAUGCUACAGUAGUAGAUACCAUAGACAUCCAGUCAUUGCUCUAAUGCUAGUUAGCAUUGGUUUGCGAAACUACCUCUAACUUCCUUCAUACUGGAUGCAGAGACAUGAUAUCUAUGAUUUCAUCUGACUCAGGGGAAGUAGAUAAAUGGCUUCAUUGCCAAAAUCCUGAAGUAUCCCUGUAACUAAUUCAGAGUGGCUGUGGAUCCAACUGUCGGCAAGUGAAGUCAGGGGAUAUGAAUCUGCGACAGCCGAAAGUCGGACACUAUAGUGGUUUUUCAACAGCAAGGCUCAGAUCAACAUUGUUUAUACAAGUUUUUCUUUAUAAAUGUCCAAAUACACUUUUCUAUACCCCCAUAUCACAAACUGAAAACCUAACGUGUACAAUUAAUUGGUUAAAGAGGUCUCAAAUAUCACUUUCAUUUGUAUCCCCUGUAGCUUUAGUAUCGAGGAAAAGUUGAUUCCUGUUUCAGUCACAUCUUUGGCCACGUUCUCGUGGGUCAAACAAAAACACCCCAAAUGAUUGGUUGACAAAUAGUUCCUCCCACAACGCAAGUGAUGGCUGCAUGGUGCAGUUGGUGAGGAGUCACUGCAGCGACUUGAAUCUGACUUAAUCAAAAACGGCAUGACUUUUGAUCACAUGAUUUUUGUGUAGUUCAUGCAGUCGACAUGUAGUGGCAACGUUUUUUUAUACGCAUAACGCAACACACUUUGAAAGGCGGAGACCAACGUUGGUCAACGUCUUGACAAAAGUGAUCCGCUCGAACGCACCCCUGUGCGGAGAACAGGCUACUAGGGGGAAGUUAGAUCAAGCUCACUCAAUGUCUGCAAGAUCAUAUAACAGAACCAAAAUGUAAUGGCACAAUGUAAUGUUACUGUAAGACAAAAACACAAUUGUUUUUUCUCAUGAGGCCGAAACUCAACCAUGUGCGGCAAAAUACACAGGUAGGCUAUGCUACAGUUUAACAACAUGUUCUCUCAAAUUUGCUCAGUGUACAUCAUUCAAAACAACACUAUAUAACUCAAGGUCAAAAUUCAAAUCCCCAUUAUACUGAUUGAGAUCUGAUGGUUGGUUACUAUGGGUAAAACUUGAAGAAUUAUCAUUCACAAUUAAAUGCUGUGGUGUUUUUGUCUUACGGUAACGUUGUGCUAUUAUAUUUGGUUCUGUUAUGUAGAAUAUUGUGAGGUCUUGCAGACAUUGAUUCAGCUUGAUCUAACUUUAAUAAACAAGCACCAUUCGCCUGAGUAGCCUGUUCUCUGCGUGUAGAGAAUUUAUUAGGUACAGCACCCUGUUCACGAAAAUGGUUUGCUCCUACAGAAAGUGAGUAUUGUGGUCGUGGCUUGCUAUAUAAAGCGGGCAUCAAGGCAGUCAGUUACUGUUCGAUUGAGUGUUAGAUCACUUGUUUUGCCCAUUCUAAGUGAUUUUGAGCGUGGUAUGAACGUCGGUGCCAGGCGCGCCAGUCCCAGUAUCUCAGGAACUGGGCUUUUCAUGCACGACAGUGUCUCGGGUUUACAGAGAAUGGUGCGACAAACAUCCAGUCAGUGGUGGUCCUGUGGACGAAAACAGCUCGUUGAUGAGAGGUCGUAGGACAAUGGCAAGAAUCGUGCAAGCUAAAAGGCGGACCACAAAACAGGCAAAUAAUGGCGCAGUACAAUGGUGGUGUGCAGAACCCAUAUCUCGUCGGCCCUUGUCACAAAUGGACUAUUGCAGCAGACACCCACACCGGGUUCGACUCCUAUCAGCUAAAAAACAAGAAGUGGCUCCAGUGGGCACGCAGUCAUCAAUACCUGACAAUUGAGGAGUGGAAAAACAUUGCCUAGUUUGACGAAUCCCGGUUCCUGUUGCAUCAUGUUGAUGUCAGAGUCAGGAUUAGGCGUAAGCGGCAAGAGUCCAUGGCCCCACCCUGCCUGGUGUCUACAGUACAGGCUGGUGGCAGUGGUGUAAUGGUGUGGGGAAUGUUUUCCUGGCACACGUUAGGUCCCUUGAUACCAAUUGAGCAAUGCUUCAUUGCCCGGAGAAUUCAAGCUGUUCUGGAGGCAAAGGUGGUUCUGGCCCAGUACUAGUGUACCUAAUAAACUGGCUACUGAGUGAGCACAUACGCAGAACGUGAUCUGCACAUACACAGAGUCUUCGGGAAGCUCUGGAUGUUUGUCGGCAGACUAAUGAAAAUACACAUCACAAUGAGACACCAAAACAUUUCAUAAAGAGAGACCUAAGACCGCAACAUAGCAUGACAGCAACACAUGAAAACACAGCAUGGUAGAAACACAUGGCAACAUGGAAAUAACACAACAUGGCAACAACACAACUUCGUAGCAGCACAAUACAUGCUACAAACAUUAUUGGUGUGAUGUCCCCAGGCAGGCCAAAGCUCCAUCCCUUCAAAACAGGCUGACAUUCCAGGCGGUCUUUUCAAACAGCUCUUACACAUAAUUUUUUACAAUUUCACAGCAUUAUUCCGACCGUGUUUGUGUGUGUGUAUAUAUACAUUAAUAUAUCACAGGAAUUUUUUAUAUUUUUUAUUGCAUAUCCAAUGAUUUGUUCCUCACAAUUUUUAUAGAUUUCUCAGAUACAUUUUAAAGGGGGAUUUCACAGGUUUGAAGAACCUCAAUUGAUUGACAUAAAAUUCAUUAGACUUUUUUUCAGACAAUCUGGUGACUAAAAAUGAGACAUUUUGCAAAGUGUAUGAUCCCUCUUUAAACAGUGUCUGUGAGUGCAUGCAAAAUGUCUCUGUGUGAAGCUGAUCACUGCUUUUUGUCUGGGUCUCACUUACUGUCACUGCUGUCUUACUUCAUCUCACCUCUCCCUCUCCUCAUUGGAUGGGACUUCGCUGGGGUCUGCCAAUCACAUUAGGAGCUUGAUGAGUUGGCUGAUGACCGCAUGGCCUUGGUCUCAGGGAUCAGUCUGGACCCAGAAGCUGCCGUCGGAGUCACCAAGAGACUGCCGCCCAAGUGGGUAGAUGGAGUCGUUGAGAUUCAGUAUGAAAUCACACGGGUCCGGCAGAAAAUGAAGGAGCUGGCCGCCCUCCAUGACAAGCACAUGAACCGCCCUACCCUCGAUGACAGCAGUGAAGAGGAGCAUGCCAUAGAGAUCACCACUCAGGAGAUCACACAGAUGUUCCACCGGUGUCAGCGUGCAGUGACAGGUCUGCAGACUCGCUGUGGCCACUGCACAGAGCAGGAGGAGAGGCUGCUGAGAAAUGUGGUGUCCUCAUUGGCAGGGAGCCUGCAAGAGCUCUCCACCAACUUCAGACACACGCAGUCCAGCUAUCUGAAACGCAUGAAGAAUCGUGAGGAGAGAUCCAAACACUUUUUUGACUCUGGUCCUCUAAUGGAGGAGGAUGAAGACCUGGCACUAUAUGAAAUGGGGUUUACAGAUGACCAGCUGGUCCUGGUAGAGCAGAACACAGUGAUGGUGGAGGAACGUGAGAGAGAGGUCCGACAGAUAGUCCAGUCCAUCACCGACCUGAAUGAGAUUUUCCGAGACCUGGCAGGAAUGGUGGUGGAACAGGGCACAGUACUUGACAGAAUUGACUUCAAUGUGGAGCAAUCGUGUGUCAAAACAGACGAGGGGUUAAAACAGUUACAAAAGGCUGAACAGUAUCAGAAGAAAAACCGAAAGAUGCUGGUUAUUUUAAUUCUUACUGUUAUAGUUGUUGUUCUAAUACUUAUUCUCUUUGGGACCAAGUUCUAGUGAUGCAUUCCUUUGCUUUUGGUAUGUCUGUGUGUAUGUUUGGUGUGCAUCUAUGUGUGCUUGUGUGAGGGGUGUCUGUCAGUAUCGUUUAAAGUACAAUCUGUCCCAACUUUCCAAUCACCCUUCCCGAAUCUCUCUCUGUAUGGCUCAUGAAGAUGUAUUGAAUGCAUGAUCCCUAAGAGAGGACAGCCAGGGAGAGUUCCUAUUUCACUUUUCAACUGGCCUGCACACAUGGCCACUGUCCGCCCCAAUACCCUCUUAAACAUGACCGUACCCUCCAUCUGUCAUGGUUCCUGUUGCAAACAAACACAGAAAAAAACACUCCUUAAAUUCCCUUGUGGAAGACUACUGAUUAAUUGUCAUGGCCACACAUUUUGCUUGUUUUUCAAGCAAAUAAGUGGUUUGCUUGUGUGAGCGUAAGCAUCAUAUGUCCAGUUUUAUUGUAAGCUAUAGCUGUAAGCCCUGCCCUCCAAUGUCUGUUUUCAAGAGAAGAAUCCUGACAACUCAACUAGUCAACUAGAAGAAUAUUGAAUGUCUAUGAACAAGGUACAUUUGUGUCUCGUGGCGAUUCUACACGACCCUGGUCAUUUUUGCAUUUGAUUUUUCACUUUAUCAUGGUUACUUUUUUAGAGAGAAAUGACCUGGUUUGCAUCUCAGUGGCUGAAAAACUACAAUAGCUGAUUCAUUGAAUACCAAAAACAACCUUUUGGGUUAAGAGCUGUAGUUGACCAUCAUGUCUCUACCAAGAGUAGUGUCUUUAAUGAAUUUGCACAUUUAGAUCACUUGAUGACUGCUUUCUUUUGUUUCAUGACCUUCUAUUGUCCGAUAUCGCUAACUAACACAUCAGUUCAGUUUGUUCUUGUCUUUUAUCCCUCACAGUUUGCACAUAUCAAAAGACUGAUGGGUUUGGUUUCAUGGCUGUGAAGGUCUCCUGUAUAAUAUGAAAUUAUAAUUAUUUAUUUUUAAUUUAAAUUGUAUAAAAUUUCAACGUUUUUUGUCUAAUAUGACAAAGAUGUAUUGAGUAGCCUACAUUGUGUCUUUGGCCUAAAGUAUGGGGAUGAAAAUUGUGAUCAAGCCUUGAUCUCAGAAAUGACUUUGCCCAUUCCACUACAAAAUCAAUUAAAAAUUGAGUACCUUUUUCUCACA